AUCACCCUAAUGGUCAAAAAAUUCUUCAUAUCAAUGAGACGAAUCAACAUUAUGAUCCAUUACACUAUGUUCUUUUAUUCCCUUAUGGUGAUGCAGGGUGGACAAUUGGAAUUCAGCACAAAAACACUGUUAAACAAACUUCAGUAAUGAAUUUUUAUGCUUAUCACAUGAUGCAAAGAAAUAAUUUCAACACUAUUUUGAGAGGUGGAAGACUCUUUCAUCAAUAUGUUGUAGAUCAGUAUGCAAAAUUAGAGCAACAGCGAUUAAACUAUUGUUUAUUUCAUCAGAACGAACUACGUUCCGAACUAUACCAAGGACUUGCUGAUGCUGUACAAUCAGGUGACACUGACGGUAAACAUACUGGGAAGAAGAUUAUAUUACCAUCAUCCUUUAUUGGCAGUCCGAGACACAUGCAUCAAAUGUAUCAAGAUGCAAUGGCUAUUGUAAGACGUUACGGGAAACCAGACCUCUUUAUAACUUUUACAUGUAAUCCAAAGUGGCCAGAUAUUGAAAGAAACGUAUUGUCAGGCCAGACAAGUACUGAUCGACCAGACUUAGUUGCACGUGUAUUUCAUUUGAAGCUAAAAGAUCUUUUAAAAGACAUUACACUGAAAAACAUAUUUGGCAAAGUUAUCGCAUUUGUCUACACCAUUGAAUUUCAGAAAAGAGGUUUACCCCAUGCGCAUAUACUUUUAAUAUUGCAUCCAACAUGUAAACCUAAGUCUUCUGAUGAUUACAAUAUGUAUGUUACAGCAGAAAUUCCUUCCCAAACAACAACACCAGAAUUGUACAAAAUUGUUACCCAACAUAUGAUUCAUGGUCCCUGUGGACUUGCCAACCCCAAAUCUCCAUGCAUGCAGGAUGGAAAAUGUUCUAAAAAAUAUCCAAAAGAGUUUUGUGAACAGACUGUACAGUUACCAGAUGGAUAUCCUAUGUACAAAAGACGUAACAAUGGUUCAUCAGUUCAGAAGAAUGGUGUUAUACUUGAUAAUCGUUGGAUUGUUCCAUAUAAUCCUUACCUUUGCUAAUCAUGCUGGCGAAUUUUUCAUUAUGAUCUUCAUGACAGAUCGCCUGCAGUUCAACGACUUGCAGUACACCUUCCUGGACAACAUACUGUGCUCUAUAAAGAAGGAAAAGCAGAGGAAGCUCUUCAAAGUUCAAAAGACACAACUUUGACAGCUUGGUUUAAAGCAAAUGAGGAAAUUCCAGAAGCAAGAAAUAUUCCUUAUCAUUUAUUUCCAGAGCACUUCACAUGGAAUGCUUCAGCAUGCACCUGGAAAAAAAGAAAAUCAGGGAACACUAUUGGACGAUUGUAUCUUGCCAGUCCUAUUGAAGGAGAAAGAUUUUUUCUUCGACUUUUACUUCAUCACAGUCCUGGCUGCAAAUCUUUCCUGGAUUUAUUAACUUUAGAUGAUGGUACAGUUUGUAACACAUAUAAAGAGACAGCAUUGAAAAGGGGAUUCCUUCAAAAUGAUGAGGAAUGGAUUGAAUGUCUGAGUGAAGCAGCAUUAUCAGGAUCUCCCAGUCAGUUACGUUUACUUUUUGCAACAAUUUUACUGUUUUGUGAACCAGCUGAACCUGUGAAAUUGUGGAAUGAGUUCUACGUCCAACUUUCCGAUGACUUAAGAAGAUGUAAAGAUAAUUUUUACCACUCUGAUGAAGUUACACUUUACAAAACAUUGCUUCUUAUUAAUGAUCAGUUAAAAGCACAUGGAAAGACAUUGCAUAAUUUUCCAGGGAUGUCUGAAUUGUUUGCUACAGUUCCAACCAACAUACACAUACCAAAUAUCAUAGAGGAGGAAUUAUCUUACAGUACACAGGAGUUAUGUGCUGUCGUUUUGGAUCAUGAACGUAAAAUGAAUAAGGAUCAGAUUCAAGUUUACAAUAAAGUAAUUGAAGCUGUCUUCUCACCCGCACCCAAAUCCACUCUUUUUUUUCUGGAUGGACCAGGAGGUACUGGAAAAACGUUUGUUUACAACACAAUUUUAGCAAAAAUAAGAUCUAUUGGUAAUAUCGCAUUAGCAGUAGCUUCCUCAGGAAUAUCUGCAGAGCUCUUAGAUGGUGGUCGUACAGCACAUUCACGAUUUAAAAUACCAAUACCUAUACUUGAUACAAGUACAUGCAAUAUACCAAUACAGAGUUCUCUAGCAGAAUUAGUCCGAAAUGCCUCAAUAAUUAUAUGGGAUGAGGCUCCAAUGAUGCACAGAUACGUGUUUGAAUGUGUGCAUAGGACACUAUGUGACAUUAUGAAAAGUGAAAAUCCAUUUGGAGGAAAAAUUGUUCUCCUUGGAGGAGACUUCAGACAAGUUUUACCAGUUAUCCAUCAUGGCUCACAAGCAGAUGUGAUAUUCAGCAGCCUUCAACACUCAUUUCUAUGGACUCACGUAUGUAAACUACAGUUGACCAUAAAUAUGAGAGUGCACACGUUUAAUACCAGAAAAGGUGUUUCGAAUGUCGAUACUUCUUUUGAAAAAUUCCUUCUUAAGAUAGGAAAUGGUACUGAGGAGUAUUACUCACACCUAGGAAUUUCAAAAAUUAGACUCCCUGCUCAAAUUUGUAUUGCACCUGAUGAAUGCGGUUUAGACAAUUUGAUAAAAAGAGUGUACCCAGAUCUUGGUAAAAAGGCCUUCGAUCAAGAAAUAUGCAACAGAGCUAUUUUGUCAGCAACUAAUGAAAGAGUAGACUUUAUCAACCAGAAAAUUAUGGAAGCAUUUAAAUCAGACAGUUGUGAAGUUUACUUAAGUGCAGACAGUGUUCACGACCCUUCAGAAACAUACAUAUAUCCAACAGAAUUUCUUAAUUCUUUGACACCUUCAGGUUUGCCACUCCAUUCUUUGUUCUUGAAAAAGUAUUCUCCGAUUAUACUCAUACGAAACUUAAACCCCAAAGAAGGUCUUUUAAAUGGAACCAAGCUAGCUGUAAUUAAUCUUGGUCGCCGCAUCAUUGAGGCAAAAAUUAUGACAGGAAAACAUUCUGGGAAAAUGGUGUUCUUACCACGGAUUACGUUGACGCCAUCAGAUUCAGGUUUACCAUUUCAACUUCAACGCCGUCAAUUUCCAGUUAGACCAGCAUUUGCAAUGACAAUCAACAAAUGUCAGGGACAGACUUUAGAUUAUGUUGGAAUAGACUUAACUCAACCAAUUUUUACCCAUGGACAACUUUAUGUAGCUUUAUCUCGAGUGAGAUCUUUUGACUCAGUGUCGAUACUACCUAAUCUACAAUGUCUUGAUUGCUAUUACACUGACAAUGUAGUAUACAAAGAUGUACUUCUUUAG